AUGGGUCAUCGUCGUUUUCUAUGUCUAGAACAUAUAUGGAGGAAGAAGAAGGCUAAUUUUAAUGGCAGCACUGAUCACCGCACCCCACCUUCUGAAUUAUGUGGCCAUGAUCUACUGAAUCAACUAAGUAAUGUUGGAGAUGUUUUAUUUGGAAAAGGUGAAAGGAAAAGAAAGCGAAGACCCGAUGAACUUAACUGGACAAAAACAAGUAUCUUUUUCCAAUUACCUUAUUGGUCAUCAUUGAAACUUCGACAUAAUCUUGACGUCAUGCAUAUUGAGAAGAACAUUUGUGACAACGUGUUAGGAACAUUGAUGACGAUUCCAGGUAAAACUAAAGAUUCAGUUAAUGCACGUAGGGACUUGUUUAAUCUUGGUAUAAAGAAGAAUUUACAUUUACAAGAACAUGGACAUAAACUUGUUAUGCCACCUGCGUGUUACACGUUGCAUGGAGAUGAGAGGAGAAGCUUUUGCGAGUGGCUACAAGCUGUGAAAUUUCCCGAUGGAUUUGCUGCCAAUAUAGCUAGAUGUGUUACGUUAAAUGGUUGUAAAAUAUCAGGAAUGAAGAGUCAUGACUGUCAUAUUUUCCUACAAAGACUACUUCCUAUUGCUAUUGCUGGGUACCUACAACCUGACAUCUGGUUGGCUUUGACUGAACUAAGCACAUUUUUUAGACAAUUGUGCAUGUGCACAUUGUCUGUAGAUGUCUUGAAGCGUCUUGAGAAUGAUAUUCCAAUCAUCCUUUGCAAACUUGAGAUGAUACUCCUACCCGCAUUCUUUGAUGUAAUGGUGCACCUAGCUAUUCAUCUACCAUGUGAGGCAUUAUAUGCAGGGCCUGUACAGUAUAGGUGGAUGUAUCCAUUUGAGAGGGAGCAUUACAACAAAUUGAAAGACGAAGGUGUGAUUAACAUUGAUGAUAUGCAUGAAUGUCAAUUUUCGUUAUGGUUUAAGAAUCGCAUUAGGCAAUUGCGUAGUUCAAGCCCUGAUUUAGUAUCCGAUGAUCUUUACACGCUAGCUUGUGGACCUGAACCAUGGGUGUCAUCAUAUUCUAGUUGCAUUAUGAAUGGAACUAAGUUCCGCACAAAGCAACAGGAAGAACAUCGUCUUACACAAAACAGCGGUGUGCUUGUUCCUGGGGAUCAUCAAGGUAGUCCUAUUGACUUCUUUGGAGUAGUAAUGGACAUUAUCGAACUCAACUACCUAGGAUGGCGCCAUGUAUAUCUGUUCAAAUGUGAUUGGUUUGAUGUAUGUGAUUUGAGAAGAGGAGUCCGUAUUGGCGGUCACUUUACAAGUCUUGACUCAACUCACAAAUCUUACAAGGAAGACCCUUUUGUACUUGCAUGCCAAGCAUCCCAAGUAUUUUAUUUGAAAGAUACGAGUUUAGGGAAAAAUUGGCUAGUAGUACAGAAGUUCACCACUAGGAAUGUUUAUGACAUCCCCAGCACAACAAUUGGUGAUGAGGAUGAUGAUGACUUACCUAAGGAUGAAGCAUACCAGGAUGAUGAAUAUUCUGGGGAAGACCAUUUCGUACAUGAAGAUGAUACAUGCAUAGAUAUGCCUUUGAAUCGAUUAGACAUAGAUCCGAUUGUGCUUGAUGAGAGGGUGAUGUUAGACCAACCAGCUCAAGGAAUUGAGGAGGAAGAGUUUCUAAGUAACAACUCAUCCUUUGAUGAGAGUGAUUGGAGUAGGCUCAACACAUCAGAGUCAAGCGAAGAGGAUGGAGACGGUCAUCAUGAAAGUGACAUGUAA